GUGAGUAGGGCAAGAGGAGGAUCUGCCGGGUGCAUCGGGCUGUUUAUGACAUUUAUGUCCUUUUGCGGCCCCACCGCUCCCUCUGCCUUUGUGAGAGAAAAGGAGGAGUACAAGGCCCAAACGAGGCCUCAUAUUGCGGAAUUCGAUCUCGCAUGGGAGUACCAGGUUAUGAAAAGUAACACAGGCCUGUACCCUACGGCGCACCAAUUGGGACUGGGACGUAAGAUGAGCUCUGAGGGACCGUGCAGGAGUGUGUUCAAAGCAGGCAUGGGACAGAGAACAAAGCAUGUGUGGGGGAGAGUGGUUUGGAGCUUGGCAUGUAAGGAGAGGAUCGUUUCAGAGACGGGUUCGUCAAAAGGCCCAAUUGUCAAGCUGGGACUGAACGUUCGAUGCACCUUCGAUGAGCAGUUGAAGAUCCUAAAAAGAUCUCCUGCUGCGAUUUCGGAGGCAGAUGAUUGCAAUCUGUCGGUUCUCGACAAUGGUGAUGAAGGCAAGGAUGGCGGACGAGGAGGAGGAAGAAUGAGAGGAGUAGAGGAAGACAAUCAUGAUGGGCGACUGUCUCGUUUGCGCAUAUGCUCAUGGCAGGAGUAUGUGGCGGCCUUGCGAGCAGCUGGUCUAGCCAAGGAGGAAGAGAAGGAGGGGGCCGAAGAAAAUAAUAGGAAUGAACAGCGAGGAGAGAAACCCACCUUUGGUGCCUACGGAGAGAGCAGUGAAGUGUCGCCGCCUAAGUUUCCGGCGCGAUUCCCGAGGCACAAACGUAUCCCUGGAACCCGAUUCAUUGUUGACGGGUUCCGUUUGGCGGGACCUUGGUCCCGAUGCUACUUUCUCUCUCAUUAUCACGCAGAUCACUAUCAAGGUAUCUCAGAGAAAUGGGAGAAGGGGAUGAUUCUCUGCUCGCCCACAACGGCACGUCUUCUGAUCCACAUCAUGGGAGUGCAAAAGUCGUUCGUUCAGGCGAUUCCUUUGAACUGUCCCGUACUUGUGGAUGGCUGCAACGUCAUCCUCGUUGAUGCUAAUCACUGUCCAGGAGCAGUUCAGUUUAUCUUCAAAGUUCCCUACGCUGGCGGCAACAAGAAGGGGGAAGAGUGGAGAGGGACAUGGUCGGGGAGAAGGGAGGAACUGACAAACCAAGCUAGGCCUUCGACCCAAGAUAAUGAGGCUGCAAACACUCAAUGCGAUGGAGGUCUGGUACUGGAGCAGCAGCAGGAGCAGCAGGAGAAGCAGGAGUCGCUGCAGAAGUAUCACAUAUAUGUCCAUACGGGUGAUAUGCGAUACACGCCAUCGAUGCGCGAGAACCCCUUCCUCCGUGCCUGCAAAGGUGCCGAGGCCGUUUUCCUAGACACAACUUACUGUAGCCCUAAGCAUACCUUUCCGUCUCAGGAUGUGCCGGUUGAUUAUGUUGCCCGUAUCAUUAACAGCAAAAUGCAGGAGGAAGAGGAAGACGAUAAAAGGCGCCGAUCAGGCGCCAAUAGCAAUGGGAAAGGAGGGGAAGCAGGGGGGGGUGACGAGGACCGAAGGCAACAUGUUCUCAGGCAGUCGUCUGACGUCAGGUUUUCCAGAAGAACCUUGUUUUUAAUUGCCACUUAUACAAUAGGGAAAGAGCGGAUUCUGCUUUCGGUUGCCCAGCAAUGCGGCUGCAAAGUGUACGUGGAACCGUCGAAGUUGGAGGUUCUCAAAUGCUUAGAACUAGAGAUGGAGAGGGAGGAAGGAGCGGAAGAGGGUAACGACAGAGGGAAAAGGAGAGGUGUUUAUGGUGGGGAGGAGCUUGAGAGGGUGUUCACGACCGAUCCAGCAUCAACGAAUGUGCACGUGGUUGGAUGGAAUUUCCUUGGAGACACGUGGCCAUACUUCAGGCCCAACUUUGAAAAUAUUGAACAUUUGAUGAGGGAGCGAGGGACCACGUCAGCCGUAGGAUUUGUUCCGACGGGUUGGACUUAUGAGAUGAAGCGGCAGGGCAGUUUCCCUGUAAGGACAAAAGGCUCUUGUGCUAUCCAUCUUGUGCCUUAUAGUGAACACUCCAGUUAUGAGGAGCUUAGGGAGUACAUUGGAUUUUUGCGGCCGCGGGAGGUCAUACCAACUGUUGGGGUGGAAAAGGCAAAUGGGGAGAUGGACGAAAUAAGUGCGGGAGCGUUAAGAAAGCAUUUCCGCAACUUGGUUGAUGAAACAGCGAGGAAGAAGCACUUCUUUCAGGCUUUCGAGAAGUGGAGACGAAACGACAGUAUCAGCAGUGGGAGCAGUGGCAAUGGCAAUGGCAGCGGCAGCUCCCUGGUGAAAAAUGUGGUUCGCCAGAUCGAAGAAGGUGGCGCUGAUUAUGAUAAUGGCGGCAAUGACAGUGAAGAGAAGUGGGAGGAGGGACUGCAGGAGGAGGGGGAGGGGGAGGGGGAGAGGAAGGGAGACUCAAAGGAAGUAAACCUUUCAGAGACCAUCAACAAGCAAGCAGGAAUGGGGUUUGGUGGCUUGGCUACUCUCAAGGCGAACGGUUUGGAAAGUGAUGCGACGAGGAUGGUGGCAUGGAGAGUGAAGCGGAAGAGGAGCAGAAGACAAGGCAGUGCAAGUAAACGGACAAGGCGAGUUCUUGAGACCAAGGAGAAUGAUGAGGAAGGGAGCAGGGGAGGUGGUGGAGUGCCUUAUUGUUGGGCUCACGAUGGCCAUGAAUGCGACGAGAGUCAGAAAGAUGGGUUUCAAAGUGGUGGUGCGAUGAGGGAGGAGAAAAGUAGCCCACCUUCUCCUGGGAGUUGGCACAGGAGGAAGAAGGCCAAAUUUGCAGCCAAGCGGUCGGCAAAAGACAGCAGAGACCUGAGAGAAGGAAAUUGCGAAAGCCAAUCAGGCGGAGAAAGGAGUGCAGAGUCAGGGGGAUAUUCCGCUGCAGAAUUGCUUCUGCAGGUGAAAUCAGGAGAAGCUUCUGGGUCCAAUAUAGGGUUGGAAUCAGGGUCGGCAUUGGGAUCACAAUCGGGGUCUAGAGUAGGGGCGAUGUCAGGUGUAGGAUCGGGUUCGGGGACGGCAGCAGGUUCAGAAUCGGUCUCAGUAUUGGGGCUGGACCAUGAUGCACGGGCACCGGUGGUGCACGCGCCUAUUUCGUCUGGGAUGACCACAGCGUCAGCCUUGGGUUCGGGAUCGGAGUCGGGAUUUGGCUUGGAAGCAGCGUCGGGUUUGGGAUCAAGAACGGGACUGGAUUGCAAUAGUGGGGAGGCACUUUUUCCAGUGCGGAGUUUUCCUCUGGUGGAGUCUAUGGGUAAGAUGAAGAGAGAAGCGGGAGGAAAGGGGGAAGUUCAUGUUGAUAGUGAUAAGAAUGAUGAUGAUGAUGAUGACAAGGAUGAUGAUGAUGAUGAUGAUGGCAACAACAUCGUGCAUGAUGAGGCUGGACAUUGUCCAGGUGGAACUGAUGCUGGCAAGGGAGGUGGGAGCAGGAGCAAAAUGGGAAGAUCAGGGCCUGGGGUGGUUGUGACCAGAGCGGGUGGAAGAGGACGAGGAAGCGGAGGACCAAGAAGAGGAGUUGAGGCUUCGGAUAAACUUGAUCUUCUGAAGUCACUACUGCCGGAAUGGGUCUCGCACACUCUAGCAGAAGUACUGCUUGCCAGAGGAGGUGGAGAUGUGGCCACUGCUGUCACAUGGUUCUACGACUCUGAGGUUGGUGGGCCAAGGGAGAGGGAGGGAGGCAAAGGAGGCGGUCAUGUUGGCGGCAGCACUCCAGAGAGGGGCGGAGUGACAGGAAGAGGAGGGGGCGAGGCUGGUGGGGAUAUAACUAGGAGGGGAGGGACAGGAGGAGAGGGAAAGGCGAUGAACUGUAUGCCAGUAGUGACGCAGCAAAGUGGUUGCAAUGCAGAUGGGAGGGAAGAGAAGGAGGUGGCAGUUGAGGUUGGUGCGAGCAGAGGUGUUUGUUGUACUGAUGCAGAUGCGACAAUUGCAGCAGCAGAGGGAAACAAGGAGGGGAAGGAAGAGGAGGAGGAUAAGGGUGUGGCAGGACAUGGUACGAUUGAAAACAGCACACCGGGAUCUUCGGGCAGCGCUGUUGAUGCCCCACCUGCUGACCGGUCUAUGGUGGUAUUGGCCGAGCAGCGUGUUUCAGGGUCUAAUCUUUUGGAAUCUGGGUCCGAGUCUGUUUCAGCAUCAGUUUCACAGAUGACGACAAUGACGACAUUGGUGAUGUGGAAGCAGCCUCAGCAGCACAAACGAGUGGGCGGGAAGGCCAGCGGGAGCCGGUCUUCUUCCAAGGCUACAUCGCGACCACGAGUUCCAGGGAAAGGGAAGGGUUCAUACCUCACCCCGUCUAAGCGUGCAUUGGCAGGUGCAAUUGUGCCGGUCACAAAGAAGGGUGCUUCCCUCAUUGAUCCUCAUACGCCUUCCAUCUUGUCUUUCUUUCCUCGUAUAGAAAAGGGUGCUGCUGACCGGCCUCUCUCUCACAAAGGGACAGGUGGUUCAGGAACAUCUUCUUCCAUUGUAUCUUACUUCCCUCCGGUGAGAAAGACCGCCAAGGACGACAAUCCAGUCACAGGAACUGGAAAGGCUGGUUGUAGAUGGUCAAGCAUCUCUCAAUGUGAAGCAGUGCUUGAGGGGAAGGAAACUCAAGAUGCUAACAAUCAAUCGGAUCAGACGACCCGUGCCGACAAGGAGUCGAACAGUCUUGAGGGUUGUCACGGCGGUACACGGAGAUGCAUCAGGGUAGAGCUGAAGGGCGAAGAGCAUGAACACCAGAAGGAGGUGGUAAAGGAGAGGGAAAAUGCGGUGGAGACACUGGAGAGCAGCAAUUCCAUCGUAACAACAGAAACAACUGCUCCUGGAGAUAGACACCAGAUGGAAGGGCAACAGAGCGGCGUGGCUGACGAGACAGGAGAGGAAGAACUGACAAGGGAAGACGUGGAGAGAUGGGAAAAUACGAUCCUUGAGCUGAUGGUUAUCUUGCAGGGAAGCAUCGAGGAGAUCGAUGCGUGGCGCCUGCUUGGUAAAGCGGAGGGAAAUGUGGCGCGUGCAGUGGACUUGUUUGACGAGGAGAGGCGGGAGAAAAGUGCAAAGGAGGGAUCGAGAAGUCGCCAAAUGGGUGCGAAGGAGACAUUUACGAAGGAUCGUCAAGCUCUGCAGUUUGACAAUAGACCGAUGAAUGACCGAGCAAUGGUGGGAGAGCACGAAACUCCUGUUUCAUCAGGAUCUCUGCAUUCUCCAUGGGACGUUACAGAUGAUAAUGGCAUGAGAAUUGGAACCGUUGCGAAGCAACAGGAGGAGGAGCAAGAAGGAGAGCUCAUCAAGACGAUGGAAAAAGGGAGGCAAAUCAAGAAAAGUAAGGAAGGGAAGAUGCGCUUGGUUGUGGGUGUUCCAGAUAGACGUACGACUGACAGGAACUAUAGAAUAAAGGGGAAGGUGGAAUGUGAAGGAGAGGGAGAGGAAGGCGAUGAAGGUAGUAGACGGGUGGAAGAGGGACAUAUUGAGUGUUCUUCUGUUCAGACGGGUGCUGGUAGUGUUAGGGACGAGGAAGAAGACAAGGAAGAGGGAGGUCGUGAUACAGGCUCCCACUUACAUAGAAGAGAAGGUAAGGAGGAAAUAGAGGAGGAGAAUUACAAAGCGGGGGACGGAGGUGCUCAAUGGGACAACGUGGGGGGUUGCAAGGAGAACGUGCCUUGGAGAGAAGGGGCUAUUGGUGGGAAUGGCUUGGGGGGGGAGGGGCGUAUGGAAUGCGCGGUUUCUGUGACAACUAAGAGAGCAAAUGAUGGGGGGGACAUGGGGGGAGAGUCGUUGGUCGAUGGGCUGAUGACAAGGGCUAGCACAGUUUCUGAGAAAUCAAAGCAAUGCGUACCACAGAUUUUUAGUACUCCAGAGGAGGAUGGAGUUGUUCCGAUGGGAAGAAUUUUCGACGAGUCAGGUAAUGGAGGCGGACGAGGAGGAGGAGGAGGAGCAGGAAGAAUUUUUGAUGACUCAGCUGAUGGAGGCAGAGGAGGGGAAGGAGGAAGAAUUUUUGAUGACUCAGCUGAUGCAGGCGGAGGAGGGGAAGGAGGAGGAGGAGGAGGAGGAGGAGGAGGAGGAAGGGGUGCUUGGGGAGGAACUGAGGAUGCUUGGAAUGGAGAGCAGGUGCGAGGAAUGGGUAGCUUAGUCAAGUCCGUAGGAGUGAACCAUGGAGGGGUGCCACCCGGGGGGGACGGGAAAAGGGUGAUUGACAAGGGUAGAAAAGGCGCAAAAGACAGUGGAAGACCUGUGAGUACACCUGUUUGGAAUUAUAAACCGGUGGGAGAUGCUUGUUGGAAAGCUGGUGAACGGGCACCAUACUUACAUCUUGCUAAUGCUUACAGUGCUAUAGAGGGAGAGAAGGGAAGGUUAAAGAUGACAGACAUGCUUUGCAAUAUGUUCCGCAGUUUGCUGGCGCUGUCGCCGUCCGAACUUCUUCCGUCUGUAUAUUUGACAACGAAUAAAAUCGCUCCGGAGCAUAAGAACACAGAGCUGAAUAUUGGCGGCAGCACUGUUGCAGCUGCCAUAGCUGAAGUAACAGGAGUGACACGGACUAAGAUCAGGGAGAUGUAUGUGCGAAUGGGCGACUUGGGCGAUGUGGCUUUAGCUUGCCGUCAGAAGCAGUCCAUGCUGGUGGCUCCUUCUCCUCUUUGCAUCGAUCAAGUCUACAAGACUUUGAUCAAAAUGAGCGAGGAAAGUGGCGGCGGGAGCUUGGCGCGCAAGAAGGCUAUGGUCGCUGGGCUGUUGAGAGCAUGUAGAGCAAACGAGGCGCGGUACUUGACGCGCACGUUGAUCCAGAACAUGAGAAUAGGCGCCACAUUGAUCACCGUGCUGCGGGCACUGGCUCGAGCAGUGACGAUUCACCGCUCGAGCAAUUACGGUCGUGAUGAGCCGGUGGGCAAUCUCGUGGAGGAGCUGAAGCCGAAACUGCAGCUGGCUGCCGAAGCGGUUGUAGAGGCAUACCACUUGAUGCCAAACUUGGACAUAAUUGUAGAAAAGCUGAUCGAAGGUGGAGUGGAGGCAUUGACUUCAGGUUUGACUUUGUCUCCGGGAACACCGGUCAAACCAAUGCUUGCCAAGAUUGCCACAGGGAUAACACAAGUGCUGAAGAGAUUCCAAGGUCACGCCUUUGUGUGCGAGUUUAAGUACGAUGGUCAGAGGGCCCAGAUCCACAUGCAAAAUGACGGGACUGUCCGCAUUUUCUCGCGGAACGGUGAGGAUACAACCUCAAGGUUUCCCGACGUUGUCGAUGUCAUCACGGCGAUGACAAUAAACCCAAGAAGCGGAGUAGAUAAUGCAUCGGAAGUAGUAGUAGUAGGAGGAGGAGCAGGAGGAGGAGGAGGAGGAGGAGGAGGAGGAGGGGGAGGAGGAGUUAGGCAAGACGAGGAGACCAAGACUGGUGUGACGAGAAGUAGUAGAGAGAGGGCAUUUGUAAUCGAUGCUGAGAUUGUUGCUGUUGAUAGAAUCAACGGCAAUCGGCUUCUUGCUUUUCAGCACUUGAGCACUCGUGCCAGGGGCAGCAGUGGCAGUGGAGGGAGUGCCUGGAGUGACAAAAAUGGACAAGCAGUUAAGAGAGAUGAGAUUAAGGUGCAAGUGUGUGUGUUCGCUUUUGACCUGUUGUAUGACGCAGGAGAAGCUUUGGUGAAAAUGCCUCUCCGUGAGCGGAAAGAACGAUUACGUGAAAUGUUUCCACAUGUGCGGCCAGGAUAUUUCCAGUUUGUAGACGAAAUCAAGGUCGAGGCAGAGGAAACGACGGCCCCCGAUUCUGAAGCAACUGCUACGGCUAUGGCGGCUGUCAAUAGCUUUCUUACACAUUCCCUGUCGUCUUCUUGUGAAGGUAUUAUGGCCAAAGCCUUGGACGGCAUCGGGUCUUUUUAUGCUGCCAACAAGAGGAGCGACAGCUGGCUUAAGGUGAAGAGGGAUUACGUGGAGGGCUUGCAUGACACAUUGGAUUUGGUGCCGAUCGGCGCAUGGCAUGGGAAUGGUCGCAAAGCCGGAUGGUUCAGCCCAUUCUUGAUGGCGUGCUAUGAUCCGGACCAGGAAGUGUUCCAGAGCGUGUGCAGGUGCAUGUCCGGGUUCACCGAUGAAUUCUACGAAAAGACGACAAAACUUUAUCGAGAGGAGGGACUACUGGAAAAGAAACCAUCUUACUAUGUGACAGGGGAACAGCCGGACAUCUGGCUGGUAGCCAAGAAUGUAUGGGAGAUCCGGGGAGCAGAUCUAACCAUAUCUCCGGUCCACGGAGCAGCAAUGGGGCUCGUACACGCGACACGCGGCAUCUCGGUAAGGUUUCCCCGCUUUCUCCGCGUUCGUGCGGACAAGAAUGUCGACGAUGCAAGUACGCCGGAAGACAUAGCUGACCUAUUCAACCGUCAAACUCGAAAGCUGGAUGUCGGAGAGCAUCCAUCUUCUUCUAUGCCUAGAGCACCCAUAGGAACAGAUACGACGACAUCGGGAGCCCUUCCGCCAAAAUCGCAUCUUGAAGAUGCAGAGAAGGAUGCAGAUGUGGCAUUCCAAAAUCUGUCGGAAAGCCGUGAGUCGGAGGGGGAAGAGGAAGGGAACUCAGCGGAUGAUUUACGUUGAGUCGUCCAUGCUCCCUCUUUGCGGUUGUAGCAUGUACUUGUAAAUCGGUCUUGAGUUGUAGGCUUGUAGAUACAUGGUAGUGAAACCUUUGGGAUGGGUACGAGCGAGCGAGAGAGAGAGAGAGAGAGAGAGAGAGAGAGAGAGAGAGAGAGAGAGAGAGAGAGAGAGAGAGAGAGAGAGAGAGAGAGAGAGAAUGUAGGUUUGUAUAUACAUGGUAGUGAAACCUUGGGGGGAAGUUGGGGAUGGGUAUGGGUAUUAGUAGUAGUACCAUAACUGCAUUGUCAGGUUUGGCUGGCUAAGGGGGAAAAAAGGACAAAGAAGGUUUUGCUGGCUAUGGUGAUUUGCCGAAACGUACGAAAUGGAGGUAGGAAUACCAUAACCGUGCCGUUAGGUUUGGCUGGCUAAAUAAAAAGGAAAGGAAUGA